UUUGUAGGUGGAUAACUCUUAACACCGCCUGCGUUCAUUUGAAGGAGUGGGCUGGCGUGGAAAUCGAAUGUCGCCGGACAAUGAGGCUACUUUGUUUAUAGUCAAUUCACAGAAUGGCAGACGAAUCCCUGUUUGAAUUCCUCCAUAUGGAGAUCGUUUCGCAUAUUUUUAAAGAGCAGCAAUCAAAUAAAGGAGAGAUGGGCAGCAAGGAUAGAGCUGUGUGUAUUUCUGUCUUGGAAGGCAUGGGUUUCAGAGUUGGACAAGGACUUAUUGAGAGGUUGACCAGGGAUUCCCCCAGCUUUAAGGAUGAGUUGGAUAUAAUGAAGUUUAUCUGUAAGGACUUCUGGACUAAGGUGUUCAGAAGGCAAGUGGACAACCUCAGAACGAACCAUCAGGGUACCUACGUCCUGCAGGAUAACAAGUUUGCUCUACUAACCCCACUAUCCAGUGGAAAACAGUACCUGGAUCAGGCUCCAAAGUACCUUGCUUUUUCAUGUGGUGUGGUGAGAGGAGCUUUGUCUAACCUUGGUCUGGAGAGUGUGGUGACAGCUGAGGUUUCUGUCAUGCCAUCCUGUAAGUUCCAGGUGGUCAUCCAGAAAUUGUGACUUGAUUCUGUGAUACUAACCAACUGCCAAAAGAGAGGAUAGUAGUUCCUGUUCUUCCACUAAGCAGCUUGGUCACAGCGGGGGUAAAACAUCACAACUGGGAGAAACUGGGCUCCUCAUACUCUGCUGACCAACUGCUCCUGAUGACAGGCCAUAAAGGGCUAACCAGCCUUUAAACUUUCUUUGUGGUUUUUUUGAUACAGGAAAAAUAGUUUUUUUUUCUCUCUCUCUCUCUCUCUCUCUCUCUCUCUAUUUAAGGUUAUAGUUCAUUUGAGCUGUAAAAUGUAUGAAGUUCUCUGCUGUAGUUUGAACUAAGUAAGGGUUAAAGUUAGCCUAGCUUAGAAAAGAUGUAAUGACUGUUCGUGGAUGUGAAUAUGAUCACAAUUGUGAAUGUAAGAUAACAUCACAGAGCAUAUAUUCAUUUUUAACGUGUUGCAAUGUAAAGUAGAUAGGUUGAAAGGUCUGAGUGCACAGAAAAAAAAAGUGGAAAAAGUAGAACAAAAAUUAAGGUGGCCAUUAAAAGGAUUGUGAACAAUAUUUUAAGACCACCGCUCACCAUGAAAAGAGUGAGGCAAAAUGGAGAAACAUUCUGCUGCUGUCUAAAUGUUUGAAGAAAUUAAGUUUCUGGAGAAUUUUUAAGACUCAAACUAGAUCAGGAAGUUUUAUGAUGAAUUUAAGACUGAUGAUGCAACUGGAAUUCAGCUGUUUACUACAAAGCAAUAAUUCCUGUUGUUGCUAAAGACAAAUGCUGCCAAAUAAAGCAACACAUUGGUGCUACAUUAAAUGAAUAGCCAUAACAGAGGAGCUGUGUUCAACUCCUUAUGCUUCACUCUGCUGUCUAUUUGAUUCCCUUUUGCAAUCUAACGUUCUUUAGUUGGUCAUUUAAAUUUCAAUUUAAGGUACAAUGUAGAUCAGUAUUCUGUCAUGGGUACAUGAUUUUUUGUUUACGUUAUGAAAAUGUAAUAGCAGUUUCCAGAUCUAGUUUGUCUACAUAUGUGUGAAAGUGGAAUCUUAUUUAUUAGGUGCAUCACUGUUCCUCUGAUGUUACAUCACUUAAAGCCACUAGAGGGACACAUGAAGCUGUCAUGGUUUUCCUCUCUGAUGUGUAAGUGAGUCCUUCUCAGGUUUGCCUUGUUUUUUUUUUUUUCAGUGAAUAUUUUUGCUUGUUUAUCUUUGCAUUGCUUUUUGUUUGAUUAUUUGCUUUUCUGAUGUGCAUUCUGUGUAUGAAAGAUGCAACUGGUCCUAGAGUUUAACAAAACAGACUUUCCAGUGCUAUUUCAAGGAAAAAACAACUACAACCCUUGAGGGGUUUGCAGGUUUUUACAGAUCAGAAUAUCUUUUAACAACAAAGUCAAUUCAGUGAUGAUAAAAUGUACAUACUCCCGGCAGAUUGUCCAUUAAAAGUAUUCAAUGUC